CCCAGUUCAGGUCACUCGAAAGCUCUCAAUCCUAAAUGGCUUCGACUGAUAUCAAUAUGAUAAGUUGGUGACCCACGAGCUUUUCUAUAUCAGCUGUGAAGUCAGAGUUUUCAUUUUCUCAUUCAUUUCUCAGCUUGGCUGGCUUAUUUUUCCAUGGAGGAUUGCUCCAUUCCUCAAAACUCUUUAUUUCUUGGAUUUGACUGUUCUACUCAGUCAUUGAAGGCAACUGUUUUGGAUGCCAAUCUGACUAUCGUUGGUACAGAAAUAGUUAAUUUUGAUUCUGAUUUGCCCCACUACAAAACCAAGGAUGGUGUCUACCGGGAUCCCUUGAUCAAUGGGAGAAUUGUGUCUCCAACUCUGAUGUGGGUGGAAGCUCUGGACAUCAUACUUGAGAGAUUUAAAAGGUUAAAUUUUGAUUUUGCAAAAGUUGCUGCUGUUUCUGGGAGUGCACAGCAGCAUGGAAGUGUGUAUUGGAAGAAAGGAAGUGCUAAAAUAUUGUCAUCAUUGGACCACAAAAAGUCGUUGGUGGAUCAACUUCACGAUGCAUUUUCAGUAAAGGAAUCUCCAAUUUGGAUGGAUUGUAGCUCAACACAACAGUGCAGAGCAAUUGAGGAAGCUAUCGGAGGUGCAUUGGAGUUAUCCAGACUUACUGGAUCUGUUGCUCAUGAGAGAUAUGCUGGACCACAAAUUCGUAAGAUAUUCGAGAUGCAGCCAGAAGUUUACCGUGAUACAGAGAGAAUUUCCUUAGUUAGCUCCUUCAUGGCAUCUCUCUGUAUUGGGGGCUAUGCCUGUACCGAUCAUACGGAUGGAGCAGGGAUGAACUUAAUGGAUAUCCAAAGCAGAGAUUGGUCUAAAUUAGCUUUGGAGGCCACAGCACCAGGCUUAGAGGAAAAACUUGGCAAGUUAGCUCCUGCACAUGCUGUUGCUGGUCCUCUUGCAUCCUAUUAUGUGGAUAGGUAUAACUUCAGCAAGAAGUGUUUAGUAAUUCAAUGGUCCGGAGACAACCCUAACAGCUUAGCAGGUUUGACUCUAAAUACUCCAGGGGAUCUGGCAAUUAGUCUUGGCACCAGUGACACUGUAUUUGGUAUUGCAAAUUAUCACAAACCAAGCCUAGAAGGACAUGUUUUUCCUAAUCCAGUGGAUACAGAGACCUACAUGGUAAUGCUAGUCUACAAGAAUGGGUCUUUAACUCGUGAAGAUGUGCGCAAUAGGUGUGCAAAUGGAUCCUGGGAUGUUUUUAGUGAUUAUUUGCGGCAGACACCACCUCUCAAUGGUGGUAAGAUAGGCUUUUAUUACAAAGAACAUGAAAUACUCCCUCCGCUCCCUGUUGGUUUCCACCGCUAUAUUCUUGAUAAUUACUCUGACUCUCAUGCGGGAGUAAAUGAACACGAGGUAGCACAGUUCGAUCCUCCUUCAGAGGUAAGGGCGCUAAUUGAGGGUCAGCUACUGUCUAUGCGAGGACAUGCUGAGAGAUUGGGAUUGCCUCCUCCAAAGCGGAUAAUAGCUACUGGUGGAGCAUCUGCCAACAUUUGUAUCCUUAGUUCAAUAGCUUCUAUUUUUGGAUGUGAUGUUUAUACAGUCCAGAGGCCAGACUCGGCUUCUUUGGGGGCUGCACUGAGGGCUGCUCAUGGUUGGUUGUGCAAUGAGAAGGGAAAUUUUGUACCCAUCCCAUGGAUGUACACUGACAAGUUAGAGAAAACAUCUCUCAGCUGCAAGCUCGCAGAAACUGCGGGAGAUGAAGAACUUCUCUCCCAGUAUACCUUAUUGAUGAAGAAGAGACUUGAAAUUGAGAACCGGCUUGUCCAGAAACUGGGGAGCCGCUGAAAUUUAUGAGGACGCAUGGGUGUGAACAAGGUGCUAGGUUACAAGGCAUAAAUUAUCAUCUUGAACCAGAUGCAUUUUGCUCUGUUCUCUGUUUCUUUAUCUUUUUAUUUUCCCCCAUUUUCCCCUUGAAAUGCAAACAUACUAGUUUCAGCCUGUUUCCUUAAUUAAAUUGUUCCCAUCUCAACUCA